AUGGCAUUACUACCACUCCGUGUGCGAAGGGAAUCAGACAACAAUCCUUUUAAGGAUCGUCUCCGGCGGUCGCUUCUUGUUGCGGUCAUCAGCAUAACUUUAAUACUUGUUUGCCUAUACUAUUCUGAUGACUCGAGUCUGACCCCUUAUGUACCCUCUGUGCUCACCCGAAAAAAUAGGCGGGGCAUGCUUGUUAGUUCUACAGGGCCUCGCGCGCUGAUCUUCAUCACGAGUGAUAAAAUUGAUGAAACCCUUUGCUAUUCGGCAGGCUCAGCUCACCUAACUGGUAUGUCCGUAGUGGUGGCCGGCUAUCAGAUGCCGUUCAAUGGGGCUAUGUCUAAGCUUGACUUCAUGGAAAGGGCCAUCAAGAAUACAGGGCUGAAACCAAGUGAUGUGGUCAUUGUAGUGGAUUCAGACACGAUCUUCACGGGUGCGGACCUUAAUCCGUUCCUGGAUCGCUUCAUUGCGCGGUCCGCUCCCACGCCUGAGCUGCGAUGUGUGUGCGUCUGGAAACGGGAAUGA